AUGCAGGUGUCUUUUGCGUGCACAGACCAUGGGCUAAAGGCCCCAAGGAACGGUGAGCACAGCAAACAGAACGCCACCAGCCCCAACACAGCCAGCCAGGCCCGUGCCCGCUUCCGCACAGUGGCCCUGAUCGCCCGCAGCCUGGGCUCCUUCACCCAUCGUUACCACCACAACCUAAAGGAAUCCACUGCCAAACAAACAGGCAUGAAGUAUCGGAAUCUGGGAAAGUCUGGCUUGCGAGUCUCUUGUCUGGGUCUUGGCACAUGGGUAACAUUCGGAGGCCAAAUCACUGAUGAGGUGGCGGAACAGCUGAUGACUAUCGCCUACGAGAGUGGGGUCAAUCUGUUCGACACUGCGGAGGUUUACUCCGGGGGAAAAGCAGAGAUUAUCCUCGGAAACAUCAUCAAGAAAAAGUGCUGGAGGAGGUCCAGCCUGGUCAUCACCACAAAGCUCUACUGGGGAGGAAAAGCCGAGACCGAGAGGGGGCUGAACCGAAAACACAUCAUUGAAGGCUUAAAGGGCUCCCUCCAGAGAAUGCAACUUGAAUAUGUGGAUGUGGUUUUUGCCAACCGACCAGACAACAACACUCCGAUGGAGGAAAUCGUCAGAGCCAUGACCCACACAAUAAAUCAGGGUAUGUCCAUGUACUGGGGAACAUCCAGGUGGUCUGCCAUGGAGAUAAUGGAAGCAUACUCUGUGGCUCGACAGUUUAAUCUCAUUCCACCGGUGUGUGAGCAGGCUGAGUACCACUUCUUUCAGCGAGACAAAGUAGAAACGCAACUACCUGAGCUCUAUCAUAAGAUUGGUGUUGGAGUGGUCUCAUGGUCCCCUUUGGCGUGUGGAAUUAUCACUGGAAAAUAUGACAAUGGCAUCCCAGAAUCUUCCAGGGCAGCAUUAAAGCCAUAUCAAUGGUUAAGAGACAAAGUAAUGAGUGAAGAGGGGAAAAAGCAACAAGCCAAACUAAAAGAAUUGGGCCAUAUUUCAGAGAAGCUUGGGUGUACUCUACCACAGCUUGCCAUUGCUUGGUGCCUAAGAAAUGAAGGAGUGAGCUCCGUGCUACUGGGUUCUUCUAACCCAACACAGUUAACAGAAAACCUGGGAGCCAUUCAGGUAAUUCCAAAGAUAACGGCAGACAUGGCCACAGAACCUCUCAAGUACAGUAAAGUCAUGUCGUUUUCAGGUGACUUUCUCAUCUGGAACAAUCCGGGUGCAAAACGGAACAACAGAGGAGCAACAAUCUGUGCUACAGGCCUUUCUGACCCCAGUUUCGCAAAGGACGACCUUGAUCUUAAUAAGUCAUACCCCUGUGCCCAAAGACCACAGCUAAAGAGGAACAUUUUAACUUUGCAAGAUCAAUUUGCUAUUGGGUCUUUGACAGGGGAACUCCAUAAAGAAUGUUCUGCAGCAUCAGCAAAAAAUGGCAAAAUAUCAAAACAGCGUUGGUCCCCUGCCACAUUUCCGCAUGUACGUUCUGCUUCACAAACGGAUGAUCUGUUUGGUCAGCUCAUUAAUAGUCAGUGUGUCCUGCCAAAGACUCCUGCAGUCCUGAAUCUAAAUAAGAUUAUUCUGAUCGUUGACCAUAAAACUCAAAAGAUUAUUUCAGUCAAUAAUCAGGCAUGUAAACUGUAUGACUGCACCGCCAAAGAGCUGAUUGGGAAGACGUUUUCACAAGUAUUUACAAAAUGCAGUUUGGCUAUCAUGGAUGUUUUGGCGGAAGACUAUCUGCUCAGCGAUGGAACUGUUACAUCUGUUCUUGGAAAAUUGGUGGAUGCCGUGUUGCCGUCUGGAGAAGUUCCUGUUUCUAUUUCUACCUACAAGCAUCUGCAAGAAAACUGGGUUAUUGUGGCGGAACAUGUAGAAAGACUAUCGGCCUUUUUGUCAUUUUCUCAAAAGGGUGAAAUUCUGAGUUGUGACACAGAGUUUGCUCACCUCUUUGGAUACCAUCACCCUCAAGAGUUAAAAGGCAUGUCGAUCAAUACGCUGAUUCCUUCUCUUCAAAUCCUCCAAAGCCAUGGAUUGCCUAAGUCACUUAGAAUGCAAAGAGUUCAGGGGAAAGGUCGACAGGGGGCAUCAAUUCCACUGUGCAUUAAACUUCAAGGAGCAUUUAUGUGCGAAGGAUCACAGCUUAAAACAUGCACAAGUCACGACACCUCUGUUGGUCAAAUUGAAGGAAAACGGGAGCACACAAACCUAGAACAUUCUCCAUCCUCAGAGAAAAAGGAUCACCAUAAUCUCUCGGAUGGUCCAUCUCUGGAAUACUCUGGUAGCAUUUGGGCGUUAACUCCUCUCACUGGUCUUCUCCUGCUCCACACAAAUGGGUUAAUUUUUAGUAUUCACAGCCACCUGGCUCUCAGGCUUUUUGGCUACAGUAAGGAGGAACUGGUGGGCAAGAAUGUUUCCUUUCUCAUGCCUGGUUUCUGUGGAUGGAUGUCUGACACUGGUGGAAAUGAGAGCUUACUUCGGGAUACUAACAGUGAAAGGGCUACCCAAUCUAGAAUUUCUAAAGCAGACCCCUCCUCGCUGGUGGCUGGUGACAUGGCUAUGGUAAAUCAGGCUGCUAAACACAGGACCUCCACUGGACGAGGCAAGAUCUUCACAGGGACGAGCUCCAGAUUAGACCACCAAGAAAGUGCCCUGUCUCACCUGGCUACUCCUGCUGUUACCUCUACACGCGUGCCCAGGCUUGAUGACACAAUAGAGCUCCUGGAGGAGGCUGUUUGUGUUGCCCCAUGUAAUGCAGAGCCAUCCAGUGCUGACAACACUGAGGAGCUGCUUCAAACUUUUGCUUUGGUGGACAGUUCAGGAGAGGAUGCAUAUUGCCUAGUUUCCACCAAAAUGAAACCUUGUAGUCGUAGAACAAAAGGCCAAAUGCAAACUCCUUAUGAUGAUGAUCUCCAGGACUCCAGCUUUGAGGUGAUUUCAAUGGAAAGCAGGUCCUCCUCUGGUUUCUGUGAAAGAUUUGCUGGCCCUCCAGGUACAGAGCCCGGUCAAGCAGAGCAUGGUUCAGCCCAGGCGGUGGACUCUGGUAGCUGUUUUCUAGAUCUGAAUAGUGACGGUGAACUCGUGACUCGGGCCUUAGCUGAUCUCAACAUAAAUAAUAAUUCGGAAAGGCAGAACCCCCCGGAAACCCAGCGCUCUACAACCACUUGUGACACAGCAGAGCUUCUCCGAACUCCUUCUCCUUGUGCCUUAAAUCACCAAGAAAGACGGUCGCCAGCUCAAGUAGAACAUUCCACAAGUGAAUGUCUUCCGAAUGAGCAUAAGCAGGUGGUCAGGAUACAUCCUCUGUCUGAUAUUCAUGCCACGUCAACGCCUAAGAAGCAAAAGGAUCAUCUCGAUGAGCUACAGAUAGCUGAAGGACAGUUUGAGGGCUCUGCAUAUCAUAGAGAUGGCACGCAGAUGGAUGUGCAGUGUGAUGUUUGCAAGACCCCUCUCCCUGAUGGAAGAUUUAUGUAUUGUGUGUGGAUGAGUAGAACUGACCACCAGGGGUCAAUGUUGCUCACAAACAACUCUGUACACAAUGAAUCAGAGAGAAAUGGUGACUUCUCUAAUGGAGAAGCAUUGCACACUACUAUGGACCUUGAACACAGUCGUGCUUGUGAGGGUCAGUUUGAAGAAGAGUAUCAGACUGUUAAAGCCAUUGGUAAAGGAGCCUUCGGAUUUGUUUGGAAAGCAAUAAAGCGCAAUAGCGGACAAGAAGUUGUUGUGAAGUUCAUAAAUAAAACUAGAAUAGUGAGUGAAAGCUGGGUGGAGGAUCCCAUACUUGGAAGAGUAAGCCAGGAAAUCGCCAUCCUCACUAGAGUACAGCAUCACAACAUCGUCAAGGUGAUUGAGGUUUUUGAGAACGGGGCAUAUUUCCAGAUGGUGAUGGAGAAGCAUGGGUAUGGACUGGAUUUGUUUGAAUUCAUUGACCACCAGCCAAGACUAGAUGAACCUCUCGCCAGCUACAUUUUCAGACAGCUAGUGGCAGCAGUGUUUUACCUAAGAACUAAGGACAUACUUCACAGAGACAUAAAAGAUGAGAAUAUUAUUAUUGAUAAAUGUUUCCACAUUCGCCUCAUUGACUUUGGUUCUGCUGCCAUCAUAAUUCCUGGAAAACUGUUCUAUAAUUUCUGUGGCACACUUGAGUAUUGCUCCCCAGAAGUUCUUCAAGGCAAUCCCUAUGAAGGUCCAGAGCUUGAAAUGUGGUCUAUUGGAGUUUUGCUUUACACACUUUUGUUCGGUGAAAACCCAUUUUGUUGUGUGGAGGAAAUUCUGAAUGCCAAGCUGAAGCUCCCCUUUCCAUUGUCUCAUGAGCUAAAAGAGGUGCUGAGCGGGUUGUUGAACCCUGAUCCUACACAAAGAAUGUCUCUCGACCAGCUUCUGCUUCAGUCUUGGAUCAGUCAACCCAUUUCUCUGUCAGAGUACAGCUGGGCAGAGGUGGUGUCUACAAGCCAAAGCCACUGUUCAGCAAAAUCUUCGGAGUCUGGACCCGAACACUAUCUUGGACAAGAUUUAUUUCCAGAUUAUGGAGAUGAAACUCUUCCUGAGGAUGAAGAGAAUGAGGAAGAUGAAAGAUUUGCUCUCGAACUUGAGCUCCAGAAGUACCUUUGA